AUGAAUUUUAAUAAAUUACUUUGGUCUGAUGUAGAGAGAACACCAUAAUUCACUUCAAAGAUAGAAUUACUAAAUGUUAAAUAUGAUGAAGAUUAUGAAGAAAUAAUGGAUUAUUUCAGAGCUAUAGUGAAAUCAGGAGAAAUUAGUGAAAGGGUUUUUGAUUUAACAAGUAUCAUAAUAUAAAAAUUACCAUCAAAUUAUAAUGCCUAUUUCAUUCGAAGAAAGUGUUUGAAAUAAAUGAAUUUAGAUUUAUCUAAGGAAAUGGAAUUUAUAAAUGAGGUUACAAUUUCUAAUUAGAAAGUUUAUUAAAUUUGGUAAUAAAAAAUUUCAUGUUAUUAAGGGAACAUAGAAGAUAAGUUAUAGAAUAGUUGAAUAAUUGCAAAGGAGAAAUUGAAUUUCUUCACAAAAUUUUUGAUGAAGAUAAUAAGAAUUAUCAUGGAUGGUCAUAUCGAGUUUGGUUAUGUGAAAAAUUUAAUUUAUAUGCUGAAGAAUUAAUAGAUGUCUAAUAUUAUUUAGAUGAAGAUAUUGGUAAUAAUUCUGCUUGGAAUUAUAGAUAUUUUCUAUUAUCUAAAAUACCAUUCGAUUUUAAUACAGAAUUAGAAUACAUAAAAAAUGCAAUAAGAAUUAAAGAUGAGAAUGAAGCCUCAUGGAAUUAUUUAAGAGGAUGGUUUAAAACGUUUAAAUUUAAAAAUGAUUAAGAAAAUCCUUACAAAACAUUCAUCCAAUAUAAUUUAAAAGAUUUUAAUUUGAUUGAAUUUCUCAAUGAGAUAUAAUAUAAUAAUAGAUUUGCUUUAAGUCUAAGAAUACAAUGUCUAUUAUAAGAUGGAAAGUAUUAAGAUGCAAUAUCUAUAUGUGAAGUUCUUUAGAAUGUAGAUUCGAUUAGAAUAAAAUAUUGGCAAUAUUUAAAGACCUAAAUAAAUGGAUUAAUAUAGUGA